GGCCCAGCAGCUCCAGCGAGGGGUCGCGCAGCUGCGGGGUCCCCCCACUCCCCGCCGCUCCCUGUGAGAUCGUUUUGCAUGGGUUCAGGAGCCCGGGCGCUGUGGAAGAGAUUCUAGACCGGGAGAACAAGCGAAUGGCCGACAGCCUGGCCUCCAAAGUCACCAGGCUCAAAUCGCUUGCCCUGGACAUCGAUAGGGAUGCAGAGGAUCAGAACCGGUACCUGGAUGGCAUGGACUCGGAUUUCACAAGCAUGACCGGCCUGCUUACAGGGAGUGUGAAGCGCUUUUCCGCAAUGGCAAGGUCUGGACGAGACAACCGGAAGCUUCUAUGUGGCAUGGCUGUGGGUCUAAUUGUGGCCUUCUUCAUCCUCUCCUACUUCUUGUCGAGGGCAAGGACGUGAGACAGUGGGAGCUGGUGUCUGUGGGUGCCAAGGGCAGCCAUUGUCUUCCCUGCCUGGCGUCUUGGGCUCCAGAGGACUUACCUACAAAGUACUCCUUUGAAAUUA